ACCCACAUGAGUCACGACAAGCACGCAGCCCCCUCCUGCCCGAGUGACAACAGGACAGCGUACUCCAGGCUGUUGUCCCUUUAAAAUCCGAAUCCAAAGGGGUAAUGAUUUAUCAAACGUGUAUUAUCAGGAAGAUGUCAAAUGAAGGGCACCUUGCUUCCCACUGACGCAAACCCGGCCUUUCCCGGGGAGAUAUAGAAAGCGCCUCUUGUUUCAGGGCCAAACCUAGACCAGUGGUGGGUUUUACUCUACGAUUCAAUCUGUUCGAAUCAGACAUGGAUUGCAGUCCUCCCAAGGAAAUGAAUAAACAACCAGCGGACAGCCUGGAGGCAGCGGGGCCGGGCCACCGGGAUAGCCCUCUAGCACCUAGGACCAGCCCUGAGCGGGAGCUGCCUGCCGCGGCCCCCUCGGCCGCCGCCGCCCAGCCGCCACGUGUGCCCAGGUCGGCUUCCACCGGCGCCCAAACUUUCCAGUCUGCGGAUGGUAAAGCCUGCGACGCCCAGCAGUCCGGGGUAGGGUUGUGUAAACUCAGCAGCCCCCGGGCACAGGCGACCUCCGCGGCCCUCCGGGACCUAAACGAAGGGCACAGCGCACAGGCCAACCCCCCUUCCGGGGCGGCUGGGCCGGGCAACGCGCUGCAUUGCAAGAUCCCAGCUCUCCGUGGCCCGGAGGAGGACGCGAACGUGAGUGUGGGCAAGGGCACCCUGGAGCACAACAAUACCCCAGCCGUGGGCUGGGUGAACAUGAGCCAGAGCACCGUGGUGUUGGGGACGGAUGGCAUCGCGUCCGUGCUCCCGGGCAGCGUGGCCACCACUGCCGUACCGGAGGACGAGCAAGGGGAUGAGAAUAAGGCCCGAGGGAACUGGUCCAGCAAACUGGACUUCAUCCUGUCCAUGGUGGGGUACGCAGUGGGGCUGGGCAAUGUUUGGAGGUUUCCCUACCUGGCCUUCCAGAACGGGGGAGGUGCUUUCCUCAUCCCCUACCUGAUGAUGCUAGCGCUGGCUGGCUUGCCUAUCUUCUUCCUAGAGGUGUCACUGGGCCAGUUUGCCAGCCAGGGCCCUGUGUCUGUGUGGAAGGCCAUCCCAGCUCUGCAGGGCUGCGGCAUUGCGAUGCUCAUCAUCUCUGUCCUCAUAGCCAUUUACUACAACGUGAUCAUUUGCUACACACUCUUCUACCUGUUUGCCUCCUUUGUAUCUGUGCUGCCCUGGGGCUCCUGCAACAACCCAUGGAACACACCAGAAUGCAAAGACAAAACCAGACUUUUGCUAGAUUCCUGUGUCGUCACUGACCAUCCCAAGAUACAGAUCAAGAACUCCACUUUUUGCAUGACUGCCUAUCCAAACUUGACAAUGGUUAACUUCACCAGCCAGGCCAAUAAGACGUUCGUCAGUGGGAGCGAAGAGUACUUCAAGUACUUUGUGCUGAAGAUUUCUGCAGGGAUUGAAUAUCCAGGCGAGAUCAGGUGGCCCUUGGCCUUCUGCCUCUUCUUGGCGUGGGUGAUUGUGUAUGCUUCGCUGGCAAAAGGAAUUAAGACAUCAGGAAAAGUGGUGUACUUCACAGCCACGUUCCCUUAUGUUGUGCUGGUCAUCCUCCUCAUUCGAGGGGUCACUCUGCCUGGAGCUGGAGCUGGCAUCUGGUACUUCAUCACGCCCAAGUGGGAGAAACUCACGGAUGCCACGGUGUGGAAGGAUGCUGCCACUCAGAUUUUCUUCUCCCUGUCUGCGGCCUGGGGAGGACUCAUCACUCUUUCUUCUUACAACAAAUUCCAUAACAACUGCUACAGGGACACGUUAAUUGUAACCUGCACCAACAGUGCCACUAGCAUCUUUGCUGGGUUCGUCAUCUUCUCUGUCAUCGGCUUCAUGGCCAACGAACGCAAAGUCAACAUUGAGAAUGUGGCUGACCAAGGGCCAGGCAUUGCAUUUGUGGUUUACCCAGAAGCCUUAACCAGGCUGCCUCUCUCUCCAUUCUGGGCCAUCAUCUUUUUCCUGAUGCUUCUCACUCUUGGACUUGACACUAUGUUUGCCACCAUUGAGACCAUCGUGACCUCCAUCUCGGAUGAGUUCCCCAAGUACCUGCGCACACACAAGCCUGUGUUCACCCUGGGCUGCUGCAUCUGUUUCUUCAUUAUGGGCUUUCCGAUGAUCACACAGGGUGGAAUCUACAUGUUUCAGCUUGUGGACACUUAUGCUGCCUCCUAUGCCCUUGUCAUCAUUGCCAUAUUUGAGCUUGUUGGCAUCUCCUAUGUGUAUGGUUUGCAGAGGUUCUGUGAAGACAUUGAGAUGAUGAUUGGAUUCCAGCCCAACAUUUUCUGGAAAGUCUGCUGGGCGUUUGUCACACCAACCAUUUUAACCUUUAUUCUUUGCUUCAGCUUCUACCAGUGGGAGCCCAUGACCUAUGGCUCUUACCGCUACCCUAACUGGUCCAUGGUGCUCGGAUGGCUGAUGCUCGCUUGCUCUGUUAUCUGGAUCCCGAUUAUGUUUGUGAUAAAAAUGUAUCUGGCUCCUGGCAGAUUUAUUGAGAGGCUGAAGUUGGUAUGCUCACCACAGCCAGACUGGGGCCCGUUCUUAGCUCAGCACCGUGGGGAGCGCUACAAGAAUAUGAUCGACCCCCUGGGGACCUCGUCCCUGGGACUCAAGCUGCCAGUGAAGGAUUUGGAACUGGGCACCCAGUGCUAGUCCAGCAGUGUGGAUGGUCCUGUAUUAUUCCUGGUCUUCCUGUCUGCCCGCCUUCACACUUUCCCCAGAUUUAUUCCCAGUUUUCUUCUUUCUCCCCACACCUCGGUUCACAAGUGCAUGAGAGUGUUCCAUAGAAAAAGUAGGACAUAGUGUAGCAUGCUGUAGUGAAAGUCACACAGACCACUAGAGGUGCUGUCUGCCUGUGUCUGUGCUAUCAGUCUCUGGAAGGAUUGGUCCCCCAUCAGGCUGCUUCAUUGAUCCUGCAGGGGUGGGUUGGACAGAAGCGUGCUGGCAGGUACAUGCUUUAGCAGUCGAGAAAUUUCAUUGUGUGAUCUGAUUGCGGGGAGCAGUAGGGCGUGAGGAGAAUGCAGACUUUGAGGACUGUUGAUUUGUAUUCAUUGCUGAGCUGGGGAAUGCAGUGAUCUCAUUCAGAAGCUGAAAGUUCAGGUCAGGUGCAUUUAGGGGAAUGGCAGAGCUGGAGACUGUUCUGGAGGCAGACAGGGCUGGUAGGUAGAUUUGGGCACCUACCAAACCACGCUGGGUGGUUUGGUUCGCAUAUCCAUUUUUUUUUAUUUUGACCAAAUAUACCAGGCAUUUAGAUGCUUCAUCUCUCUAUGCUGUGGAUCUGAAUGAAGGAACUCCAUUCUCUUACCUCAGUCUUUCUCCCUCCCUUUGUUCCUUCUUCCUUUCUUUUUCUUCCUCCUUCUGUAAUAAUGACAUUUGAGAGUUAAUUCUUUGGGUGUUUUCUUUUACUCUCUGCACAAAAAGCCAUGCUUUGACUUUUGCAUGUCAACUUUUGUACCACUGUUCUAUUUGCCAUGAUGUCUUUAGCACCACGGUUCAGGAUCAUGACAUGCCUCCUGUCUCUUUGCCUCCAAAUCACUUUCUAUAAGCUGUAGAUAUGUUGUCUUUCAACCUAUUGGAAACAAGACUUACCCCAGUUCUGUCUAUAUAUUAUAUAUAUGUGGGACACAAACUCUUGAAAGAUACUUCCUCAAUUUUUGCUCCUUUCUCAGUAACAGUAAAUGCCAAUUGUGGCCAUAGGGAAACCAGAGAAAUGAAGAGGUUGGUAAAAAGCAACUAUGUUACUACUCAUCCCUGUGGCUGUGCAUCUUAGGUCACUGUAUUUCCAGAACUUUCUGAUAAAUACAGCUUAGUUUAGGAGUAAGCCAGUCAACACUAUAGCUUGUAAGACUGCACUUAGCCAGUUCAGUUUCCAGAACUCCCUAUCCACUGUGCUCAAUGCCACUGCUCAGAGCACCAUCUGCAGAGCCUGGCCAGGCCACGCCCUAUAGUCUGCUGUCUCUUGAACAGGCAUAUACACAACUCUUUAAUGGCACUGUGUGCUCACGCAGUGUGUACACGCUGCGUGGAGUGGUGUUUUCUGACCUUAUAAAUAUCUUACGAAUUACCACAGAGAUGGCAAGUUUAGAGUAGCAUAGUUGGGGCUUUUUAAUUUUUUCCCCUUACAGUCUUAAUAUCUCAACCUAAAAUUGCUUUCUUUAGCAGAGAUGGGGUUCAAUCAUUUUUGUAUUAGCCUGUCUUCAUAUAACAGGGUCUCAAGCGAAGUUUUCAGUUCAUAUCUUGUAUAUUGAUAUGACAUUUUCAUCCUGCACAAUGGCGAUGAUGCUCCAAUAGCAGACUUUAAUGUAUCUUUUUAAAAAGGUGAUUCCGUUUGUGUAAAGUGUCUGAAGUCAUCGUAUUGAACUCUCCCUUUCCUGUGUAAGUGCUCGUAUCACCUGCCAACAAUGAUGGGAACUUGUGUUUCCCAGAGCAGGCAUGACAGGUGUUAGGAAAGGGAACAAGGUGGGUUUUGAACCCCUGGCUUUCAUGUCUUUGCUAGCAGGAUGUGCUUUCUCUCUUCCACAUUCUCUUUCCUUCUAGUUGCUCAAAGGUAGGUCUUGCUAGGCUAUCACAGAGAUGGAGCCUCAGGCUUCCCCUCUUUUAGAAAGAUGAGCUGUGGGCUCAGAUGUCCACUCUCUGCUGUCAUCAUCUGUUUCUCCAAGAAAGCCACACAGAAGAGAGGCCUCAUUCUUGCAUCAGCAUGAGAGGUGGCACCAAGGCUUUGGGUGUGAGUGUGAAUGAUGAGGUCAGUCUGGACACUCCUCAGAGCCUUGCCAGUUUGCAGGUUGAAGAAGAGCACAAAGCCCAUCUCGGCACACAUUUGUGUUGGUGUUGGUAUGAAUGGCUUCUGGCCUCCUCUUUUCUCUGGGCUGGAACUGAGAUUGGUGCUGGAUGCCAACCCAAUUGUUGCUAAUUUUUUUCUCGGUAAUUAAAAGCAGGGUGUGGAGAGGCCAUGGACUCUGCCAGAUGUGAACUGUAAGGAUGGAGACCACAUCUGCUAGUGGGUUUGUAACCGGAGCAGCUGCAGCUGUGUCUAAGAGGAUGUUUAGGAAAGACCUAGAGUCUGCCCCUGAGAACUCAUCCAUUUUGUUGUUGUUGCUUUGCUUUUCCUUUCCUGGUUAGACUGUUUAGAAGGACAAAGGCAGACAAAAGGGUCCAGGCUUACCUGGAAACAGCUGCCUUUGAAGUUUAGUUUUGUCUACAUUCAUUGCCAUGUUCAAGUUCAAGGCUCUCCUUGACGGGCAGGAGUGGUGUCUGAAUUGCCUGCAUUCACUGUGUAUCUCAGUGGUUCGCCUCCUGAGGGUUUGGUUGGGAUGCUGAGAACUGAUAUGUAUACCACUAGAUGGAUUGUUUCCAUGCUACUAAAAUGCACAAUCAAUUUGAAGAAAAAAAAAAUGAAUGAAUCAAUAGGAAAUGAAAGCGCUGUCAUAACUGCCACCUGAGAUUUCUCCUUUGACACUGAAAGAGAAGCAAUGUUACUUAGGAAAGAUUUUAGUUUUCUGUGUGGAGUGGUGGGGAGUUUUCCAUCUGUGAGAUGAUUUCAUAUCACAAACCAAUAUACCCAUUCAGAGAAAAACAAGCCAUAUGUGAAAAAUAGUAACCCUGUAAUAUCCUUAAAACAGAAAGCAUCAUGUAUUUAUUAACUAUUGGUGUUGUGGUUUCUUAUGCAAACCUUUGUCUAAUUGUCUUGCUCACUAGAAACUUCUAAUCUCCUUCAGGCUAUGUUUGUUGUGAACAAGUGUGUUCAGUUCUGGUCUUUUGUGAUAGUUGUUUUAUCUGUCCUUGUCUAUUUCUUUAUUGCAUGAUAUCUGUGGUCAACGCAAAAUCCUAAUAACCUUGACAUCUUUGGAAUUUUUGAUGUGAUUUUAAUGUGUGAGGGCUGUAAUUGAUGUGUACUUCAGGGAACGGCACUUUAGAACGAGUUGAACACAUGGAACUUUGGUUGGAUGAGACUCAGAUUGUCUCUACUCUGGCACAGCACUGAGGGGGUCAGGGUUUUGCUUCUCUUCUGUUGUCCACAUGUGCCUCAACGCUUCUCAGUUCCUUUCUGUCAGCAUGGGCUUCCCAUGCCUUAAACCGACACAUCUCUUAACUUUUCAUAUCCUUGGCCAUGGGUCAUUGUCCUCUUCCCAGAGGCUAGCACAGCAACUGUUGCUGGAUGUGUGACAGCAAGGUCAUCCUGCCAGUGGUGUUGGGAUUUGGGUCUGUGACUUGCUUCUCCAGGGAAUUGACAUGGGUAAGGGUGUUCUGCAGAGUAGGCUGACAUGCAAGGCAUGGAGACAAAGGCCAGCAAGUCAGCUCUUUCUGUCUCACCAUGUGUGUUAUGCAAAGAUAGCCUGGAGUUUUGGAGCGGGACUUCUUGUCUUUCUCUCGUUUAGCUGUGCUUGUCUAGAAGGACCUCUGUGAAAUAUGGUCUUGGCAUAGGUUGCCGUAAACUGCCUGCAGAGAAAGGAUUUCAGAUGGGUGUUCAUUGCCCCUGAAAAGCAAGCUCAGGCUUGAUUAGCUUCUGAGGAUGACACCUCCAGGUACCCAGCUGCCUUACAGGUGGGUUUGACCAUUGGGAUGAUGUUUAGAAGUCAUGUAAACUGGGAACUGCUGUGUCUCUCAUUUGUCCGUGUUCUUUUGCACUUUAUUAUGGACCUAUCGAGGAAUAGGUUGAUUCUUAAAAUGUGUGCUUGGAUAAUGUCCUAAAUGCAAGCAUCUCAUGUGGGCACUAUUGUUCAUGAAUAAAGAUGUUUCCUAGUCAGGUCCUUAUAUUUUUCCAUCGACUGUACAUGAAGAAAAUAUAUUAUGUUACAAAAUGAUGUGUCAUAUAUAUCUAUCUAUCUUAUAGAGUGCUUAUUAUAUAUUGUGCAUUAUUCAUUUAAGAAGUCAUUACUCUUGAGGCCCUACCUCAAAUUUUGUAUUUAUGUGUACAAAUGCAAUUUAUUGUAUUAUAUAUUUGCUUAUUACAUACUGAUAUAAAUUAGAGUUUAUCCUAACAAUGUAUGAGUCCUCCCAAACCCCCAAAUAAAUGUCAGUGUUUAAAACAU